AUGGUCCAUGAAAUGAUACGUGCGAGUAGCACAUCAUCAACUGAUUCAAACGGGUUUCCGGUAAAAGAUGCGGAUGCAAUGAAAUUAUUUGUUGGCCAGGUUUGUUUUUUUUGGGUUUCAUUUGGUAUGGCAGUUUGAACUUGUUUUUCAAUUCGAAUUUACCGAAAGGAAGAAAUCAAAUUUAAUUAAAUUGCGAAGAUAUUUUUGAAAUAUAAGAUUGUUGACAUCAAGAUUUGUAAAAUCGAAAAUUUGUAUUUGCUAUAUAAAUCCGUAGAAUCCAAAAUCCAAAUAUUCAUAGAGGUUCUCCUAAAUCUUCACAAAAAUCCAAUCCAAAUCCUUAUGAAUCUCCCCUCGCUUUCUGAGAUUGGAAUCAGUUUUAAAAUCGUAUCAAGAUUAGUUGAGCGAAGGAAAACGGCAGAGAUAAUCCACCAAGAGAUUUAGUAGUUUUGUCAAAAGAUUAGGAAAAUAUAUUGUUUUCAUGAAAAAUACUUAUUUUCGAGCUGAAUGAAGAAGCAAAUUGAAAAAUAAGAGAUUGAAAUGAUAGAAUCAAUUAAAAAAAUGUCUAGUUUUUCGAAAACAAUUUUUCUUCCAGUUUUAAAAAGAAGUCUAUUUUUGAAUUCACCUGGAUACCAGCUAUAAAACUUUAUGAGUUUUCCGAGAAUAUUCCCCCAAUGUUUUUUCCGAAAAACUUUUCCAAGGUUGAAUUAUAAAUGAAAAUUUAUCCUUCAAUUUCUGCCAACUUGAAUCCAACAAAACCAAAAAGGAAAAAGAAGAAGUAAUAUAUGCGUUGAGAGAGUAUUUGCAUGUCCACAUAAUAUAUAUCCAUCCACUUCUUCUCCGCUUUCAAAAAAGAAAAGACGAAAAAAAGGGGAAAAGCCAAAAAUGUUCGGGAAAAUGGCAAAAAUCGAUGUGAGUGUGGCCAGUUUUUCUCUCGACAAACUUGAAAUUUGGAAAAAAUUGAAUCUUGACUUUUUUGGGAAGAUGAGCUUUUUCGGGGAGAUCCACUCAAAAAUACUCCAAUAAAAAUAGGAUUAUAGGAAUUGGCUUUUCUCGAAAUAUGUGGGAAAAUUUUUAAUUGAAAAAAGUUCAGAUUGUGACGUUAUUCUGCCCUUUCAAAGAUCGAGUGAUUUUUAAAUUAAAUUUUAGUCUUGCAAGAAUUGUUUUGGAGAAAAACAAAAGCGGUUUGAAAAUAGAUUACGUUAGAAAAAAUAUAACAAAAACCUUGAAAACGGAAGCUUGAAAAUUUUAACGAAAAUGAACGGGAAUUUGUUAAAAAUGAAAAAAGUAGACGGUUAGAACACGUUCACGAGUUACAUUUCACGAAAUUCAACGUAAACGUGAGAGAUUUAGAAAAAUAUUUUUGAACUACCAGAAAUUUUUUGAAAAGUUUGAGGUCUAGCGAUUUGUGAUGAUUUAGGGCACACUGUGAAAAAAUACUUCCUAAAAUUGGAAUAAAUAUUUGAAAACGAUUUUUUGAAAUACAAGAAUUAUGUUUUAUAAAACUUCUUCAGUGUUUUGGAAAACAAAAUUUUGAAAAAAAAUAAAUGGAGAAAAUUUUUUUGGGGUAAAAAUUAUCCAAACUUAUCUAAUUCACAGUAAAUAUAAAUUGUGAAUAAUUUUUUAAAAAUUAAUAAUAUUUUUCACAAUUUGAAAAAAAAUAUAUAUUGAGAUAGAAGUCCCUCGAAAUAUUUUUCUUCUGCAAAUACUCUCAUUUUCUGUAAAUGACACAUGAAUAAUUUUUCAUGAAUUAGUUUCCCUUGGAAACUGAGAAAAUAUAUAACAAAUGAUCUUUUUCUUUCUAGAGUUCACUUGAAUGAUCACAAAAAAGUAUUCUCAAAUUUUUCUUUUUUGAAUAAUAAUAAUAACGAAAAUAUCAUUUUUGCAGAUUCCACGAAAUUUGGAAGAAAAAGAUUUGAGACACUUAUUCGAACAAUUUGGAAAAAUCUACGAGUUUACAAUUUUGAAGGAUAAAUAUACUGGUAGGCGGAAGUUCACCUCAAUAGUUUUUACUCUUUUUUGUUGGUAUAGGUAUGCAUAAAGGUUGCGCAUUUCUCACAUAUUGCCAUCGAGAUAGUGCUAUUCGUUGUCAAACGACAUUACACGAUCAGAAGACAUUACCUGGGGUUUGUUUUUUUUUUCAUUUUUUUUUUUGAUAAUUAAACAGCGAGCCAACCUCAUAUGUGUAUUCAUUAGAGCAGAAGAAAAUUAUAAUAUCUAACAUAAGACACAAAAAAUUGAGUAGAAUAGCAGAUGUUGAAUAUGCGGCUUUUUUUCAUCAAAAGAAAAUGAUAAUUGGUGUCUUCUUUUAGAUGUAAUUAGGAUUUUCCUGAAUAUUUUAGAUUCUUCUCUUAUACAUAAAUAUAUAUUAAUCCUUACGGGGGUUACACAAAGAAAAUGUACACAAUUUUUCUUUGAGGAAAAUUUGAAAAUGUGCAAAUUUUGUGAUUGAAUUGUUGUUGGCCGAUUCACCGCCAAUUUGAUUAGGACCUUCCCCUCCUGCCUCAGUCCGUUUUCUUCUUUUUACUUAUUUUGCCUUUUUUUCCAUUCUGUAGUAACUAUUUUUAUUUUUCAUUUAUUCUCAAAAAGUUAUAAAUAAGUUGGUAGGUGGAAGAAUUCGAGAGAUUUUCAAAAAAAUUCAAAAUAUGAAAAUAAAUGAAUUUUUUCAGAUGAAUCGAGCGAUGCAAGUUAAACCAGCUGAUACAGAUAGUCGCCCCGCUUCGCCAAAAGAUAAACUUGAUGAUAAAAAACUAUUUAUCGGAAUGUUGUCAAAACAACAAUCAGAAGAUGAUGUUCGAUCAAUGUUUCUACCAUUUGGAGCACUUGACGAGGUUUGUAUUUAGGUUCCCUUUGGGACACAUAAAUAUAUCCAGAUGGAUGCAGAAUCCCUUGAGAUUUGUCUAUUUUGAACAAUAACAACAAACAUGUUUUAGGUGACGGUUUUGAGAGGAGCUGAUGGAUUGUCGAAGGGUUGUGCAUUUGUUAAAUAUAAAAAUGGACUUGAUGCACAAAUGGCAAUAUCUGCAUUACAUGGAAGUCAAACAAUGUCUGGAGCAAGUUCAAGUCUUGUUGUUAAAUAUGCUGAUACCGAAAAAGAAAGACAAGUUCGAAGAAUGCAACAAAUGGCUGCACAAAUGGGAAUGUUAAAUCCAAUGUUAGUAAAUCAAGUUGGAAUGCAAUAUAACACACUACAGUACCAACAAAUUUUACAACAACAAGCGAUUGCUCAAACAUCUGCUGCAGCCGCUGCAAAUGCUGCAUAUCUCCCACUUUUACAACCACAAGCUGCAACAGCUCAACAAAUGCUACAACUUCAAGCAACACCACAAGUUCUAGCAGCAGCUGCUGCACAAUCUCAACCACUUGCUGCACAAAUUGCUGCGGCUGCUGCAGCUCAAUCAAAUCAACAAUAUGCAUUGGCUGCAUUGGCUGCGCAACAACCAGUUAGUCAGUCAAACACUGCUAUCAGUAAUUCAACUGUUGAUCCAAAUUUCGGUCUCGCAGCCGCUGCAGCAGCUCAACCAUAUAAUAUUUUGAGUUUCGAAACACAGCAUAGUAUGUUAAAAUUUUAAUGGAAUUUUAUAAAUACUUUUUGUUUUUAGAUGCAGCCGCUGCUCUUCAAUUGGCACAAAUUCAACAACAAACAGCUGCAGCAAUGCCAAUGGUUACUCCAAAAGAAGGUGAGUUUUAUCAGUUUACAGAAACUCAAAAAAAUCCAAAUUUUGAAAUUCAAAUUUCUUUCAAAAAAAAAAUGAAAAAUGAAAAUUCUUUUCUAUCUUAUUUGUUUGAUAGUAGUCCAUUUGUGGUUUAUUUAUUAUUUUUUUCGAGUGAGGAGUUGUGAAAGUCCUGUACUCGAGAUGAUAUAUGAUAAUAUAUUGUAAUGUGUUUCGGGAUGAUUUUGUCCUUAUAUUUUAUAGUGCUUGGUCCGGAUGGUUGCAAUCUUUUCAUCUAUCAUCUACCACAAGAAUUUGGCGAUGCUGAACUUAUUCAAAUGUUUGCACCAUUUGGUCAUGUUGUUUCGGCAAAAGUAUUCGUCGAUCGUGCAACUAAUCAAAGCAAAUGCUUCGGUUUGUGUCCUCUCUUUUAUUUAUUUUCCAUUUUCUUUUUUGGAAAUUAAUAUUUUCACCCAACAUUUUAUCAUUAGAAGCCACGCCCCUUUUCUCUAUGAUUGGUCAAUUAGUCUGUUACGUACGUGCUUGUCGCUUUUUUCUUGAUUAUUAUUCAUAUCAUUAUUAUUAUAAUCAUUGUGGGGUACUGUAACGCGGCACAAGCACGGUUAUUUUUUCGUUUUUGAUGGAAUCUGAAAGUUGAGAGGGUUAAUUUAGGAUUAAUUUUGUUGUUAGAAAAUGGGUCCCUGUUAUAUUUUUUUAGAUUAGCACGUAUUUAUUAACAAUCAGGUACAAUUUCAAUUUGAAAAAUAUGUUCGAAAAAUUUGAUCUGGAAAUAUUUAUCAGAAUGUUUCUUACAACAUUUGACCAUUUAGACCGAUUUUAGAGUUUCUGAAUUGAUCCAUCAAAAAAGGAUCUUUAUUAUUUUUUCGACAAAAAUUUUGAAGCCUCUUUGUUCGGUUUUCAAAUUUUCAUAUGUUCGAGUCGGGCCGCUUCAAAAAAAUAUUUCAGUCUUUAAAGUCGAUUCUCAAUUUCUCGAAGAAAAUUUAAAUUGGUCCUAUUAACCCAAUUCAGAAAAACAUGUUAAUAUUCAUCCUAUUCAAGCAUUAUCAAAAUUAUAGCUUACCCGAUUUAGAGCUCAUAAAAACACACGAGAAACCAUUUUAGAUUUGACAUCUUUCAUUUAAGAAUUUAUUGACCUUAUUGAUUUAUUGCCUUAGAAUCAUGUUGGUUUUCCAAAGGCUUCUUGUUAACUUAACCUAAUUGAUAAUAGAUUCUCAACAGCAACCCACUAGUUUUUGUCAAUAUUUCCCUAAUUUUUUUGUCUCAUUUCCACUUGCAGGUUUCGUCUCAUACGACAAUAUGCAUUCAACACAAACUGCAAUAAAUGCAAUGAAUGGUUUUCAAAUUGGAAUGAAACGAUUGAAAGUUCAAUUAAAAAGACCACGAGCAGAUCGACCUUAUUAG